AUGUCUCAACCAAUCAUCCUUUUCUUCUUCUUCUUCUUCUCUUUCUUCACUCUUUCACUCUCACACAACAACACCACCACAACAUUCUUCAACUUCCCCUCCUUCACCCUCCGCAACAUCACUCUCCUCGGUGACUCCUUCCUCCGAAACGGUGUCGUUGGCCUCACGCGUGCCACCCCUGUUCCUGCUUCCUCCUCCGGCACCCUCCUCUUCAACACACCACUCCCUCACACCCUCUCUUCCUUCUCCACCACCUUCUCCUUCUCCUUCACCAACACCACCGCUGCCACUUCCUCCACCUUCACCUUCUUCCUCAACUCUUCCCUCUCUCUCCUCUUCAUGCCCCACCAAAACCACCUCAUUUUUCACUCUAACUCCACCCAAACCACUCUUCCGACACUUCACAACAUUGAUCUCGCAAGUGGAAGCUUAAUCACUUCAUGGGUCGAUUACAGUUUUGAUAAAAAAAAGUUCUUCGUUUUCUUGAACUAUUCCACUUCUUCUUCCAAGCCUAAAAAUCCAAUCUUUACCGUUGACUUUGACCUUUCUGAGUACUUUAAGGAGAAUCUCUAUGUGGGGUUUUCGGGUUCAACUCAGGGGAGCACUGAGCUUAUCCAAGUUAUGAGUUGGAGCUUUGAGUUUGAGACAUUUCAAAAACCGAGUUCGAAUUUGAAUUCCCAUAAUGAUUCUUCUAGAAGCCCCGUAAGUGUUGUUGCUGUUGAGGCUUCGAAUUCCACCAAGGUUGGGAAGAGGUUUGCAAUUGGUGUUGCAAUUGCUGGUCCUGCUUUUUUCUUUGUGUUGCUUUUGGUUUUGGUGUAUGUUUCUUUUGUGAAAUGGCGUGGUGUGAAGAAGCACAAGAGUAUGGGGACUAGUUUUGUUGUGGCGUGUCCUAAGGAGUUUGGUUACAAGGAGUUGAAGUUAGCUACUAAAGGGUUUCAUGUUUCUAGGGUCAUUGGGAAUGGAUCAUUUGGGACAGUGUACAAGGCAUUGUUUGAGUCUUCAGGAGCCAUUGCCGCGGUGAAAAGGUCAAGACAAUAUUCGCAUGAUGAGGGUAAAGCUGAGUUUUUGGCUGAGCUUUCUAUUAUAGCUGGUUUGAGGCACAAGAAUUUGGUUCAGCUUCAAGGCUGGUGUGUUGAGAAGGGUGAGUUGUUGCUUGUGUACGAGUUUAUGCCAAAUGGGAGUUUGGAUAAGAUGCUUUACCAAGAAUCUGAAUGUGGUGGUGGUAAUAGUGUGUUGAGUUGGUUUCAUAGGUUUAACAUUGCUGUUGGGUUGGCUUCUGUUUUGAGUUAUUUGCAUCAAGAGUGUGAGCAAAGAGUGAUUCAUAGAGAUAUUAAGACUGGUAACAUAUUGCUAGAUGUGAACAUGAAUCCAAGAUUGGGUGAUUUUGGAUUGGCUAAGCUUAUGGAUCAUGAUAAGAGUCCUGUUUCUACACUAACUGCUGGAACAAUGGGGUACCUUGCUCCUGAGUAUCUUCAAUGUGGAGUGGCAAAUGAAAAAACUGAUGUUUUUAGCUAUGGAGUGGUUGUGCUUGAAGUGGCUUGUGGUAGAAGGCCAAUUGAGAAAGAGGGGCAAAAGAUGGUGAAUUUGGUUGAUUGGGUUUGGGGUUUGCACUCUCAAGGGAAGAUCAUUGAGGCUGCAGAUAAAAGGUUGAAUGGUGAGUUUCAUGAAGAGGAAAUGAGGAAGCUUUUGUUAUUGGGAUUGAGUUGUGCAAACCCUGACAGUGCACAAAGGCCUUCCAUGAGAAGGGUGUUGCAAAUUCUCAACAAUGAAGCUGUGACUCUUCUGGUGCCUAAAGUGAAACCAACACUAACAUUCACUUCGGGCUUGCCUUUGACUCUUGAUGAGAUAGUUUCUGAUGCUGAAGAAGAAGACUUGAAUUGUGGCCAGUUUGUCUGUGAGAUAAAAAUUGAUUGA